AUGAGCAUCCCGCACCUGUUCCGGUGCCCCAUCAGCCUGGACAUCUUCACGGACCCGGUGACGCUGUGCACGGGGCAGACGUACGACCGCCCCUGCAUCGAGCGCUGGCUCGCCGCCGGCAACCGCACGUGCCCGGUCACAAUGCAGCCGCUCGGCGACGCCGCGCUUGUGCCCAACCGCACCCUGCGCCACCUCAUCGAGCGCUGGCUGUCCGCCGACCACCACCAGAUCCCCGACGCUACCGACGACGACGACGCGGAGGAGCCGUCGCUCGCCGUGCUCAAGCGCUGCCUCCAGUCCGGCGCCGGCGCCAGCGCCAGCGCCAAGGUGGCCGCUCUCAGGAAGGUCCUGGCGCUGGCCUCCGAGUCGGACGUCGGCCGCGCGUGCAUGCUCCAGCUGGGCUUCCUCCCCGUGCUUCUGCAGCUCGUCUUCCACGCGCCCACGCCGCGGGACCUGUCCGAGCAGGAGGACCUGGCGCUGCAGUGCGCGCUCACCCUGCUGCCAUCGAGCCCGGCCUCGCCGCAGCACGGCUGCCUCAACAUGCUCAAGACGGAGGCCAGCCUUACGUCCUUCGUGGGGCUCCUGGCCGCGCGCGGCCGCGCCGUGGCCAAGUCGGGCCUGUGCCGCCUCCUGGAGACGAUCGCCACGGCCGCCGCGACGCGGGACCUGGCGCUCGCCGCCGCCGCCUCGCCGCGCGUGUGGCACUCGCUGCUGCCGCUGCUGCGGCACGGCGACGAGCGCGUCUCGGGCGCCGCGGUGCGCGCCGUCGCCGCGAUCUGCUGCGGCGCCGAGCCGGCGCGCGGCAGCGCCGUCCACCACGGCGCGGUGCCCGCGCUCCUCGGCUGCCUGUCGUGGGCGUCGGCGGGCAAGGCGCGUGGUGGCGCCGCGGCGUGGAGCGCGCUCGCGGCGCUCGAGGCGCUUGCCGCGUCGGAGGCCGGGCUCCGGGCGGUGGCGCGCGAGCCCGGCGCGGUGCGCGCGCUGGUGAGGCACGUGUUCUUGAUGUCGUCGAGCAACGAGGGAAGCGAGCACGCGGUGGCGGCGCUACUGGCCGUGUGCAGGGAGUCCAGGGCGGCACGGAGCGACGCUGCCGGCGCGGGGGUGGUCACGCAGGUGCUGCUGCUGCUGCAGAGCCAGUGCGGCACCAGGGCCAAGACCAGGGCGAGGUCGCUGCUCAAACUCUUCAAGUCCAUGUGA